GUCACACUAGCAAACAGCUGAUAAUCUCCCAAGUUUUGUUAUUAUUUUUACAAGAUUUAUUUCUUAUCAUUAAAUGCUAAGACGCACAAUGGCGGAGUUUGAUGUGAAAGCCGGUUUGCAGCACGUGUUGAAGCGAAUUGACGAGGUGUUUCAGCAUCGUCCCAAGGAAGUAAAAGCUGCUAAGCCCCUCCUUGUGGCAGUGAGCAAAACAAAGCCAGCCGAAGCAGUCAUUGAGGCCUACGAAGCUGGACAAAGGGACUUUGGAGAGAAUUAUGUUCAGGAACUAGAGGAGAAGAGCCGGCAUCCGGAUAUCCUGGCCAAGUGCCCUGACAUCAGAUGGCAUUUCAUCGGUCAUAUGCAGAGUAAUAAAAUCAACAAGGUUCUAUCUGUGCCAAAUCUGAGUAUGAUACAGACGGUGGAUAGCGAGAAACUUGCAACCAAAUUAGACGCAGCCUGGUCUAAACUACAGCCAACACCUGAGCAACCGCUACAGGUGCUCAUCCAGAUCAAUACCAGUGGCGAAGAUGUAAAAAGCGGAAUAGAAGUCAAGGACGCCCCUGCACUUUACCAGUUCAUAAGAAGCAACUUAAAACACCUGAACUUGAGGGGAAUAAUGACCAUUGGCGCUUAUGGCUUCGACUAUAGCAAUGGGCCAAAUCCGGAUUUUGUGUCCCUUAUGCAAGUGCACCGAUCUAUUUGCGAGUCGCACUCUUUGGACCCCGAUUCAGUGCUCGUCUCCAUGGGAAUGUCCAACGACUUCGACAAAGCGAUUGAAAUGGGGAGCACAGUGGUUCGCGUUGGGACUUCUAUUUUCGGCCAUCGGGCAACCAAGGCGUGAGGAGAUGAGCGGAGAUGUGUUAGGAAUGCGUUGCGGGCACUGAAUACAGUUGAUUCCUAAUGACGUCCGACCUCCCGAAUAAACAGCCUCCAAGUUCGUUUGUGUAUCAGGUGGAACUGUGUAAACGCACACAGUCUUAUCUAGUAAAUCGUUAAAGAUGAUUUGGCUUUUAAAUUUAGAAAAGAAAGAGAUAAACAAAUAUUAGGUGUAGGCUGUUGUAUCUUAUAUUCUAUUGUUAAUCUCUCCAUAAACAAUGCUUCCAGAGUGUCAAAACCAUUAAUAUUCCCAGAUACUUUCUGCACCUUGGAAAAUUGAAUACAUUGCCCGCAGUUUUCAUUAAUUUUAACAUUCCUUUGACUGUGUCUUUUUUCGUUUUUUGCACUUUAUUCUAUUUAUAUUUUUGCGCACAUUCAAUGCUACAUUGCGUAUUAGAUUGUGGGCAGUUUUCCUUCUAUAUUUUCUUGUUUUGCUUGGCCUGAGGCCAAAAUGUCGCCUGGUUACGUGCCAAAAUUGCAGCGCCAAGUGAGUUUUCGCUGAAAAUCACUUUCAAUGGAGCACGAAGAAGACCCCAGCCGCAAUCGAUUUUCAUUAUGUCUGAUCGAUGAAUUAUGAAGGUUUUCUCGCACGGACCCCAACAUUAAUUGAAAUGUUUUCCAUUUGAUAUUCAUGCAUAAAGCCAUCAUUAAUUAUAAUAUUAGCAAAGGGGAAAAUUAAUUCAGGUGGGGAAAAUUUCAAGGAAAUCUUUGUAUGAUGGCCAAGAAUGUUAUGCAGUAACCGUAUAUAUUUAUACCGGACUCCUAAGAUAUCUGAAAUAUUAUGUCAAACAAUAUAUACAGUUUCUACGUAUAAUGUAUGGAUAAAAUGUUGUAAUAGUUUAUAAUACACUUUAAUUGCUUGUUACCAAUGA